AUGAUCUGGCUCGUGGGUGAUCAAAUGUUCGUUGAGUUGGCUGAGUUGCGGAAAGGACCUGUUACAAACGCAGCAAGCAUAACCCAAGCCGUUCCAACUUCUGCUGGUGGCUUUCUCCGGAAGGGAAGGAUGAUCUCCGUAAGUUAUUCGAGGCUGGAGAAUGGUACCAGGGAGUCCCGUAGCACGCUCGCGUACACGGACGAUGUUCUUGAUUUGUUUGCGGGUCAUUGGCAUGACCUCGCAAUUGCCGGAUUCGACGUGUUACGUCAGACCCAAGAAGUAGUUGCAAUCCACCGUCCGCUGCGUAUGAAUUCCCGAGUUUACGUGCUGGUCGAAGUCUUGCUCUCGGCGGAAGGUGCGGCCGCAAUCGGCACAGCUGGGAUGCUCUUCUUCGAUGUGACGGGCGAGGGCAUCGUUGUCUUGGCAGACGUUGUUGCAGUAUUCGCAGGGGGUCGAGAACACCCUGGCGCAAUCAGUGCAAGGGAAGUGGGUCGCCCACUCAUGCUGGUAGAGAGAGCUGCUCGUAUGGAAGCACCUGUCGCAGAUGGCACAGUCGUAAUACAUGGCGCCCAAGGCUCAGGCAAUGGUUUCCGUUCCAGUUCCGUUGGCUGUAAGCGGACUGCCCGCAAGGUCAAGGAAACGGAAGAAGGAAGAGCAGAAUGCGUUUUGGACAGCGCCUCGAUGACUUUUGACUUGGAGCGGACGGCAAUGGCAUCCACGCGUGUCAACGGCAUAUCCGGAGCAUCCGGACGAGACAAGACGGCAGCCUCACCGCACGACAUCGGCGUUGGCCCCAUUACGCCUCAUUGCCCCUCAGCCACUCGACGGGCACCGCGAGCAUCCAGCUCAUAUGCUCUCUCGCCCCGCUCGCUCAUCCGGAGCAACUCCGACAGUGGACUUCCAUACCCAAUUUCAAAAACCGGGAAUAACGCGAGGACGGUGUUCUUAAAGGUUUGGUAA